AUGUGUGAAGGGCCAUCCAGGAUUUCUGGACCCAUUCCUCCAGACCCUACACUCUUCCCACACUUUUACAAACGCCCUUUCUCAGCUCGAGGGAGGCUGGAAGGGAAUGCUCAGAAGCUGGAUUUUACCUCUGGCUCCCCCGACCCAGUUCCCAGCCCCCACCAGGCUUUGUGCAGCACCCGCCAGAUCCAGCCAGCCCCUCGCAUUCGCCCCAGCGGAAAGGACUUCCUAGAGAAGGGACAGAAGGGGACGCUCGGUCUCUUGCUGCAGCUUGAAGGGAUCUCCCUUGACGGGGGGCUGCCAAUCAAGAGAGGGUCACCCAGAGACCACGAGAAGGAAAAUGUGAGGCGAAUAAAGGAAAUUCAGAAGAAGUGCAAGGAGAAAGAGCGAGCCCAAGAGCACAGCCAGCCCAAGCCUGUGAAAGCUCUCUGGAAAUCCCAGAAAUAUGAAAACGUGGAGUCAAAGGUGAAAGCCAGACUGCAGGAGAGCUCCCCACCUCCAAAUCCAGAAGCUCUGAAAUUCCUGAGGGCGUAUUCCCGCUGUGGCCCCGGGAUCAAGCCGUGCAGACUGCUCUCCCCAAAGCCUCCCAGAACGAAAGCAGGAGCCGACACAAAGGCUCCAGAGGCAGCGGGUGCUGCUGAAACCAAGAUGCAGGUGGAGGGCAAGAGCAUUGACUUCAUUAAGCACAACGCCCGCAACGCCAAGCGGGCCCUGCUGCGGCGCUCCCAGUCCCUGCAGACGCUGGCUGAGCUGCUGGAGCAGAAGCAGCGGGAGCAGGAGGAGUACAACGCCAAGCAGAAGGGCCACGUCCCCCAGUACCUGCUGGAGAGGAAGGAGCUGUGGCGCAGGCAGAUGGAGGAGCGGCUGCGAAACCUGCCAGACCCCAGCAUGCCACCUGGUCACGCCAUGAUGCCGGAGGGGCAGCGGCUGGAGACCCUUGGCAACCUGAAGCAGAGUCAGGAGCAGCUGAUAAAGGAGCUGGUGAUGCUGCCAGUGCGUGCUGACACUCUCAGCAUGCAGAAGAGGCGGGAAGAGCUGGAGAGGAAGCUCUCCCAGAUAGAAGAGGCCAUCAGGAUUUUCUCAAAGCCCAAGGUCUUCAUCAAGCUGGACUCCUGAGCCGGUGGGGCUGGGUGGGUUGUGCUGCUCCCUGUGAACAUCCUUCAUCGCUGGGAAGGGAUGAUCAUCAUUUUGU